UUUAACAAUCGGAUCGGGUCCAUUCUCACAUAUAUAAACCCUAUCCUAAACCCUCAUCGUCCUCAUUUAUCGCAUCCGUCAUGGGUGAAGAAGAGAAAAUCGACCCCAAAUUUGAUGAACUUGCCCUAAACACUCCUCCUAAAAGCGCCGUCUCAGAUCAUCGGACGCCUGAAGAGUUGGUAGCGAAGGCUAUAGCGCCGGUGAAGGCGGAGUACCUCCGCCCUCCGCCGCCGUCGAGGCCGCGGUCGAACGACGACGCAGUCGACGAUGAUGCCAGCGAGAGGAAGAGAGCCGCUGUUACCCCUUCUGGCGUUGUUAAGGAGAAGAAGUCCAAGCGCCAGCUCAAGAGAGAGCGGCGUCAGGAACAAAAGUCUGCACUAAACAUUUGCCCAGUAGUAGCUAAACGUGGAAGUGGUGAUGCAUGCACUUAUGGUGAUAAGUGCCGUUUCAGCCAUGACUUGGAUGCUUUCCUCGCUCAGAAACCACCUGACCUAGAGGGGAGUUGUCCUUUCCUUGAUGCUGAAAAGUCCUGCCCAUAUGGGAUAACUUGUAGAUUCUUGAGUACACACAAGAGAACCAGUCAAAAAAUAGAAAGCCUGGCUUCCUCCAAGAAAACCCAUGAAAUCAAUAAAUUAAACAAAGAUUUUCAGAGACUAUUGUGGAAGAACAAAGUCACUUUUCCAAAAGCAGAUGCUCAACUCAAAUUGCUUGGAUUAAGGGUAGGUAACAAUACAAAGGCAGAGCCAGAAAUGUGUGAGGGGGCAAGCCUGGAAGAUAAUUUAAAUGGAUCACAUGAGCUUCAUGUGGAUGAUAGUAAUGAGACGCCUAGCGGAAUAGUAGAUAACACAAAGUGUGCUUCAGUAGAGUGUACAGAAAAGGAUUGCCUAGAGGGGACGUUGGUCACUAAUGAUACACGACCUUUGAAGAAGAUUAAGUGUCCUAGUGAUGAACCGUGCCCCUCCACUGAAAUAAGUAACGAGGAGCUUAAAGCGGAAAACAAUGUGGAUCAAAUUUCAGCUGAUAAUAGCUCAGGUUCAUCUGAAGUUGAUAUGAGUUUGCGACCACAUCCAAGGGAAAAGAAACUCAUUGAUUUUAGUAGAAAGCUGUAUCUGGCACCUUUAACUACUGUUGGUAACCUUCCUUUCAGAAGGAUUUGCAAGAUGUUAGGAGCUGAUAUUACUUGUGGAGAAAUGGCCAUGUGUACAAAUCUCUUGCAGGGUCAAGCUUCAGAAUGGGCAUUACUGAGGCGCCAUUCGUCAGAGGAUAUUUUUGGGAUACAGAUAUGUGGAUCAUAUCCAGAUACGAUAGCACGAACUGUUGAACUUGUAGAUCGCGAGUGUGAAGUUGAUUUUAUUGACAUUAAUAUGGGUUGCCCAAUUGAUAUUGUUUGUAACAAGGGUGCUGGAUCUUCUUUGCUUACAAAGCCUAUGCGAAUGAAGAGCAUUAUUCAAGCAGCUUCUGGCACAACUGACAAGCCUAUUACUGUGAAGGUGCGUACGGGGUACUUUGAGGGUCGAAAUCGUAUUGAUUCUCUGGUUUCAGAUAUUGCUCAGUGUGGCGCCAGUGCAAUUACCAUACAUGGUCGAUCACGACAGCAAAGGUACAGCAAGCUUGCUGAUUGGGACUAUAUCUACCAAUGUGUAAGAAAGUCCCCCAACACAUUGCCAGUUCUGGGAAAUGGUGAUAUCUUUUCAUUCACUGAAUGGAAUAAACACAUAACUGAGUGCCCUGAGCUCUCAACUUCUAUGAUUGCUCGAGGUGCUCUAAUUAAGCCGUGGAUAUUUACUGAAAUUAAGGAACAACGGCAUUGGGACAUUAGUUCGGGGGAGAGAUUUAAUAUUCUGAAGGAUUAUGUGAACUGUGGUCUUGCACAUUGGGGUUCAGAUUCCAAGGGUGUGGAGACAACACGAUAUUUCCUGUUGGAAUGGCUGAGUUACACGUACAGAUACAUUCCAGUUGGUUUAUUGGAUAUCAUCCCUCAACGACUAAAUUGGAGACCUCCCAGCUUUUUUGGUCGUGAUGAUCUUGAGACCCUAAUGGCUUCAGAUUCUGCUGCUGAUUGGAUACGCAUAUCUGAGAUGCUGCUUGGAAAGGUUCCAGAAGGCUUCACUUUUGCACCGAAACAUAAAUCUAAUGCCUAUGAUCGUGCAGAGAAUGGCUGAUUCUCAUAGAAGUUGUUUUUCACUCUGCUUCAUAUGAGAUGUGGUUAUCUGCUUGUAUCCCAUUUCACCAGGCAGGAAAUAUAUAUGUUUGCCGGAGGACAAAGUUAAGAGCUUCAGAAUUACUUCUGCAUGUUUCUAUUGGAGGUUGAGUGUGAUUUGAUAAACAUGGCAUCAGUAUAUGCCAAAUUCGUCAUUGUUGUCUAAUUCAUAGUAUCAUGGCAUCUGUGUAUUACUUUCUUUCGUAGUUUAUGUCCAAAUCCGGAGAUAUGACUACUUUGAACAGAAGCAAAUGGCAUCAGCCACGGUGAAAACCCAUUUGUCUCCGUACUUUUGAGGAUCAAAAAGUGUGAUUCAAUAGCUCAACAAACUGAAUGGAUGUAGGGAGUUUCUUUCAGCAUCAUGCUUCAUUCCCAA